CUCCAAAAAAAAAAAAAAAAGAAAACUAAACUAAUAAAAACAACCUAAGAAAAGCAAAAUGGAGUGGGAUCCAACCCAGUUCUUCCGUGACGAUCACACCCCAAACCCUUUUGCGCUGUUGAUCCUCAAUCAGCCAAUCAAUGAGCGCGCGUUUCGCGUUUUGAAGAGACAUGCAAAGGUAACGCUCUGCGCGGACGGCGGCGCAAACCGCUUCUACUCGAUGAUGAAAGCGCAUGACCGGGAAUCAAUAGAUCUCCCCGAUCUCAUCAUCGGCGAUCUAGACUCCAUAACCCCCGAUACAAGAUCCCACUACGCCAAUCUAGGGGUUCGCAUUAUCGAAGAUGAAGAUCAGUAUUCGACGGAUUUCACUAAAUGUUUGGAUUAUUUACGUGCGCAUGUUGGGGAGUUCCUCUCCCCGUCUACUUCUUCCUCUGGAUCUUCGAUAUCAAAAUCAGAAGGAGAAGGGAGAGAACUAGACGUCCUAAUCCUCGGUGGACUGGGCGGCCGCGUCGACCAAGCUUUCUCGCAAAUUCAUCAUUUAUAUUCCAUGACUCAAUCUUACAGCUCUUCAUCAUCUUCUACUGGGGGUCAUUCGACGUCCAAUCAAGAAGGGACAGGGAAGAUAGGGAAUCUUUAUCUCAUCUCCGAGGAGAGUAUUACGUUUAUUCUACGGCCGGGAAGGAAUACGAUUCAGACCCCGGGGACGAAUCGGCCUGGGAUAUCUUCUGCAGAGUAUCUGCUCGAGGAGAAUGUGGGGAUUAUACCGCUUUUGGGUCCGGCGAGGAUCACGACGAGUGGAUUUCAGUGGGAUGUGGUGGAUUGGAAGACGGAGAUUGGGGGACAGUUGAGUACGAGUAAUCAUAUUCGGAGUGACGUGGUGACGGUGGAGAGUUUGAUUCCGGUGCUUUUUACGCUGGAGUUGGCGGGGAGGUUGAAGAGGGAUAGAUAGUUUUGUUUCUCUUUCUCUCUCUCUUCUCUUUAUGUAUAUUGUUGGUUGGAGAGAGAGAUUGGGGGCGCUUGUUGAGUUGGGUGAAAUAAAGCACACAACGCCUAGGAGAUACCAGUAGCUACAGUGUACGAUGAAAAAGGAUCUGUAUUGGAAC